UCUAGUAUCAGAAGCAGAGAAGCAGCGCAGCAGCAGAAGUGAGAGUUGUGGCAAAUAUCGUUUGAAAUGGAUGAUGUGAAAGAUGCAGUUGACAAUCUUCAUACCAAAAAUGGAAAUUUUAUUUGUGGCGUUGUGGAAGGUUUUUAUGGCCGCCCAUGGACAACGGAACAGAGGAAGGAUCUGUUUCAGAAACUAAAGAAAUGGGGAAUGGGAGCGUACCUGUAUGCUCCGAAAGAUGACUACAAACACCGAGCCUAUUGGCGCGAGUUGUACACCGUAGAGGAAGCGGAACAUCUCACGGGACUGAUAUCAGCGGCCGUGGAAAAGGGCAUCACUUUCUACUAUGCCUUGUCCCCAGGGCUCGACAUCACUUACUCCAGUGCCAAGGAGGUUUCUGCCCUGAAGCGGAAGCUAGAACAGGUGUCACGUUUUGGCUGCACUGCCUUUGCUUUGUUAUUUGAUGAUAUUGAACCAGAAAUGUCUGAAGCAGACAAAGAAGUCUUCCAGUCAUUCGCACAUGCUCAGGUCUCGAUCAGCAAUGAAGUCUUCCAGCACCUGGGCCAGCCCAAGUUCAUGCUGUGCCCCACGCAGUACUGUGCCGCCAGAGCCACGCCCAAUGUGCGAAACUCCGAGUACCUGAACACGCUGGGCGUCAAGCUGGCUCCGGAGAUAGACAUCAUGUGGACAGGUCAGAAGGUGAUAUCUCGACUGCUUACCGUGGAAUCGAUAGAAGAGAUCACAGACGUGUUGAGAAGGCCCCCGGUGAUUUGGGACAACAUCCACGCCAACGACUACGAUCAGAAGAGAGUGUUCCUCGGCCCGUACUCGGGCCGUUCGCCCGACUUGAUCCCGAAGCUGCGCGGUGUCCUCACGAACCCCAACUGCGAGUACGGGGCGAACUUUGUGGCCAUUCACACACUGGCGCAGUGGAGCAGGUGCAAUGUGGACGGCAAGCGAGACCCCUCCAUUAACGACUCGGUGAGCGCGGACAUAAAGCUGGAGACGGAGGCGGAGGACGGCACGGCCGGCGAGGACGUGCCCUCCACCCUCUCGCCCAACAUGUACCACCCGCGGCGCGCCCUGCGCAACGCCAUCGCCGACUGGAUGGCGGAGUUCCGGCGGCCGCGCGCCGCCUGGGGCCCCAUCGCCAAGCCCCAGCAGGUGGUGGCGGCGGCUGCGCCGGUGCCCAUCGUCCCCUCGGUCAACACCUGCAUGUCGCUGACCACCACCACCACCACGGCGAGCCUGCCGUCCGUCAACGCCAACCAGCUGCACGCCCUGGCCGAGGUCUGCGGCGCGGUCAAUGGAACUAGUGACAGUUUGGUCCAGCCUACGCCAGGCCCCGUGAUGAACUCCCUCGUUUCGGAAACAAAAGUCAUAUGCGACCCCGUGCUCACGCCGGCGUCCCACAUCUCCCUGGAGCCGAUGGACUGUAACUUCACGCCGAACGGUUCUCCUGCCCACGUGCUGAAGAACAGCGAUGACGUCCCCAUGUCGGACGGCGAAGCUGUGUCGCCGACUGCUUCGAUGCAGAUAGACUCUUCGGCGAACACUGGCUCGACGAUGAUAGUGGAGACAAGCAACCCUGCUGAGAAGUCCGACAAAGCGCUAACGCAUGAGGAUGUAGCGUUGCUUUGCGACCUGUUCUAUUUGCCGUUCGAGCACGGUGGUCAAGGAGUCACGCUCCUGCAAGAGUUCAAUUGGCUCAAGAGCAAUGCGCACUUGGUCACGCAAGCCAACCAAAAGUGCAAGGACGAAACAAAGAAGCCAGAGGUGACGGAGUGGUUUGAGAGAGCCAAGCGACUGGAGGAGAUGAGUAAAUCCGUGAACACGCUGUUCCAACACUUGACUUACGUUCCCAACCGUGAGUUGUUGUACGAUCUCUACCCGUAUGUGUGGGACAUGCGGGGUGUGAUUUCGUUGCUCAAUUCGUACAUCAAGUGGCUGGCUAACGGGCAGUUUCCACAGAUGGUUGCCAGCUUCACCCUUGGCAGCUACACAUGGUUUUCCAAAGGCUGGAAAGAGACGUUUAUGAGUGGGGAGCAGGAGCCCUGGGUGUUCAGAGGUGGACUGACUGCGGAUCUGCAACGUUUGAUUCCUGUGGAUUCUGGCAACGACUUGUUCGUGUACAAACCUCCUGACGUGCCGAGCAGCAAGAUAUACACGAUCCGUCCAUACCUGCCGUCCGACGAGACACAGAUAUACGACGUUUGUCGGAAAACGUGUCUGGACGGCAUGGAUGGAACGGAACAGCUUGGAGAUCAUCCGAAUCUUGCAGGAGAUAAGCUGAUCGGUGGGUUUUUGACAUUGAGCUCAGAAUUCUGCUUCGUCAUCGAAGACGAGGCAGGCCUGGUGGGCUACGCACUCGCGGCGCUAGACGCCAAGCAGUUUUACAAGAAGCUCGAGCUCAGUUGGAUACCGGAGAUGUGCGAAAAGUACCCCAGAACCAAGGAAGACGGGCAGGAAUCAUCAAAGACUGACGAGCUGGUGUCGUGGUUCCACGCGUUCAAGGGCGAGGUUCCGGAACCCGUGCACGCCCAGCACCCGUCCGUGCUGUGCUGCUCCCUGCUGUGCAGCGUGCUGGACCAGAGCGUGGCCAAGAGGGUGAUGACCUGCCUGCUCGCCGCGCUCAGGGCCAACGGCUCUUUUGGUGUGUACGUUCCUAUACAUUCGCAAGACAGGUACACUAUGGAGUUCUACGGCAAGCUGGGCUUCACGGAACUGUUUCCCGGUUUGAGUUCGGACACCACGUACAUGGGACGAGCCUUUUAGACUGGUUACAUUCCACGUUACGACACUCGGGUGGCAAACUCGAUGCUACAGCGCAAACGACAUUCAACAUAUCCUCGAAUCAUAUGAAUUAUUUGUUUCUUAUAUAUCUAGCCAUGCUGACAGUGUUUUUUUUUGUCCUUAUUUAAUUCGGGAGCCUUUUUGCUCAUUUUGGUUAUGAAGUUAAAAUGUAUUUUUUGCUAAGCCUGUAUUUAUAUUCACUGGUAAGUAGACCUGUGCAUAAAUUGCCCAAAAUUGUAGUUUCUUUUCUACCAUCUUUGAUUGUGUUCAUCAAAUCUUGCGGAAAACAAGUGUGUACAAGGAAGAGGGUAGCAUCCUUGAAGUAGUUGAGAUUCAUGAGCAGGUUUAUUUUAGGUGAUCAUACCGUAGAAACCUAACUAAAGCCUAAAACAGUGCCAUGUAUUGUCAUUAGGAGAUUACUAAUGUGCCGAGCCCCUUGCCUUGGUCAUAAUGCACGCAGGUUACAUUGUGCGUGACCAAUUGGCAGGAGUUAGGCGUUUCUGUUAUUUUUUCUCGACUUUGUCCUGUUGGCCUUAGUAUUUGUGUGACUUAAUUUAUGCUGUGACUGUCAGUAUUCGCCUGUUGUGUGUAUUUGCAUUGCGUUUCUACGUUUCUAGUGAGGUUCCUAAAACUACAAGCGCAUAUUUAAAACACUUUACUCUGCAUCAAACAAAUGACAUAGUUAAUAUAUGUUCAGUUGUGUUUUAAAUACUUUUUUUUUUUUUUUUUACAAAACAUUGUAUUGACUAAAAAAACUCAAAACAUGAUUGUGUUAUAAACAUAGGACUUUAGCCAACAGAGCAAAAAUUGUAAGUCUAUGAAAUGUAAAUUUUAAAAAAUUGUAUUGAGACUGGUGCAGAAACUAAACUAAAAAAGUGUAUUGCUUUAAAAUGUUAGUCUAAACUUUUAUUUCCAUAGUUGCACCUUGCAUAGUUCACAAUAUGGAAGACUUGAAACCAUUUUAGAGUACAUUUACAUGAUUAUUUACACAGACGAUGUUCACCCAUGAUCAUCCUUGACAUUGGUUUAGGUGCUCUGUUGAUUCUGUGCCUAGGUGAUGCACAUAAUGAGAAUUUUGAUGUAUUUACUGCUUCAUUUAAUAGUUUUUAGCAUUCUGCUGCCUCCACAUCAAGCUGGUUUUUUGAAGCUAAGCAUGACAUCUAUCAGACAUUGACUGAUAAAAACAGGAAAGUGUAUUGUUUCAGCAUUUUGAAGUUGCAUAUUAUUUUUUUAAUAACUUAUGAUUUAUAAUCAAUUUCUAAUAGUAAGAAUUGAACAAUAUUAUUUUUUUUUUUUAUAAAAAUUAUUGACAGUCUGAAUUUAUUGAACUGUUAAAAAGAAAAACAGGUGAUAGUGUGUUCUUUAACUGAAAUUAAAUACGUCAAGAAAAGUUGUUAAAAACAUCACAGGUCUACUUGCUAAUGUUAUCUUUCAAAGAUUGUACUCCAGUUAUUAAGUCUCUUCAUGUACAGUUCAAGUGUUUGGUAAAUUGUUUUAAUGUUCACAAAAUUAAUAAUAAAAAAAAGUAUAGCUCAUAGCAUCACUUUAUAGUGGUUUCUGUCAAAGUAUAUAAGAAUGCUUUGAUGUGAAAAUUUUGCAUUUUGGUAUAAUUUUAAAUUUAGUAUUGUUCCAAACCAGUUAAUCAAGUGUGUGUAUGUGUAUAUAUGUAUAUAUGUAUGUAUAUAUGUAUAUAUGCACACACACACACACACACACAUUAUUUUUGCUGUAUUAACGGUAGACAUUAAGUACUGAAUGAACUUACCUUAAAAAAAAAUUUUUUCCUUAAAAUUCCAAAAUAAAAAAAAAUUCUUUUUCGUAAGCUAUAUGGAUUUACUUAAUACUGUUUUCUAAAGUGCUGUGUUUUUUAUGUUUUUUUUUUGUUACCUGUUUUGGGUUUUUAAAUGUCUGAAUUAUCAGAUAUUCUUGCACUGCUGUAAGUAUAAAUACAUUUGCUCAUUGUACCAAUGACAUACUCUGUCUGCAAGUCUUGAUUUUAGUGAUAGUUUUAUAUAUUAACCAGAAGUGAAAUUUAAUUUCCUAGAAAGAAUCUAUCUGCAUUACUUACUUAAAUCAUAGACAUACAACUUAGUACUUUGGGUAGAUAAUCAUGUAACCAAGGAAAGGAUAGAUUUUGAUGAAAAGAAUGUCAUAAUUUUAAACCAAUUUUUGAGCACUUAAAUGUUCAUUUAAAUCAAAGAUCCUCAGUAUUUUCAGUGAAGCACAAAUCCAAGAGAACAGUACUAGACUGGUUCAUUACUUUAAGUGCUGUCUUACACGCCAUGGUGAUUUUUUAUUCUUUUUUUUAUUUUCUCAUUACUAUUAUUUUAAGGGCUAUUUCUGACUUUUUAAUACUUUACCUCCCUUGCCUUUGUUGUUAUGUCACUAAUAUUUUCAAAAGAUAUUUACAAACUAGGAGGUUGUAAGGUGCCUAAGGUGCCCAUUGAAAAAUGAUGAAUAUAACAAACACUUUAAUUUUAUAAUGUUGUGUUCCACAUAUGUAGCUGUAUUUAAAAUGUUACUGUAUUGUUUCACUUCAAUUUUCUAUUUUCUACUCAUCUCUAUGGAGUAGGCUAAUAUUUGUGCUUCAUGAUACGCUUGUCUCCAAGGUAUACUUUAGCAUUACAGAGUCCGUGAUGAGCAUAACUAUAUUUAGGAUUUUUAAUAAAAUGGAUGUAAAUUAAGUGAUAAUUAUGAACCCUUUUGUGACUUUUCAACCCAUUAUAUUACGCUCAGUAAAUAUUUGUUGAAAAUAUUGAGGAAUAAACUACAAAUGCAGGAAGGAGAGGUGUCGUUUUAGAAUUUAGAUAUAAAUCACAAUAAUAUAUAUUAGGUUCAAAAUAACAAUUUUUUUUACAUCAAUAUUUUUUUUUAUAUCAAUGUUUUGUUCCAAUAAUAUUGAAGUAAAAUAUAAAAUCUUAAAUGUAUCAAGAACUGAGUAUAAUAUAGAAUUAAAUUAAAAUUUAUAAUUAGUGAAGAAGGGUUAAAUUUUUGAUAUUGAUGUCUUUUGAACAAUAUAUAAUGGACUUACAGUUUCAUUCAGCAUCCUUAGUUUAUAUUGUGUGCAAAAUAACGGUUACAUAUGUAGGUUCUUUUAUGUAAAAAAAAAAGCUCUAUUUACAACACAAUAGAUAUUUUUCUAUUUUAUUUAAUGUAAAAAUAAUUUUUACUGAAGCCCAGGCUAGAUUCGUGAUAGCUUGCAAACAGCAUGCAUGUAGCACAGUUGCACACACACAGAACAGAAUUCGAAGCUUCACACACACAACAGCGAUUUGAAUCAUUUAACAGUUUUUUCCCCUCAUUUAUCUCUGUUGGAAUUUUCAUUUUCAAACGUUUUGAAUUUCGUCAGCUAUUAUUAUACAUGAAGUAGUUGUUUACCUAAAUCCAAGAACUUAGUUUCGCCAUUUUGCUUUGAACCAUAAAAUGUUAAGCUUUGCCUCGCAACUAGAUACCAUAUUCAAGUUAGUUUCACUUUUUAUCUUUGGAAUGCACACAUCAAAACAGUAGUUAGCUACUCUGUGUCGGUGACUUAGUGUUUGCUGAUUGGCUGCAAACAGAAAGAGGCAUACAGCACAGAAUAAAAUUUAGCAGUUCAUCAACUUUCUGUGCUCGCUGUAUUUCUGUGUGUGUGUGCUAUUUUCCAAUGUAGCAGCUGCUGUUUGUGUACAUUCAACUUCCGUGCGUGUUUGCUGAGGGCGUGGUGUAGCGGAAUGAGCCCGGCCUAAAUUAAUUGAUGCUUGAAGUUUCUUUUCAGUUUGUAUGACACUAAAAUAUAUAUUUUUUUUUUCCCACAAUUUAAGUUUUUUUUUUCCCCAUGUUAAUUUAUAUUGCACCAUUAUGCAGAGUAAGUUCUAGCCUACAAAGUAUUUGUGUAUCUUUUUACUAAAAAAAAAUUGCAUUGGUGAUUGUUUGAUCAGAAUUGAUUGUUGGGAUCAGGAAACCACCAAAAAUUUGCUAAUGACUACUGUCAACUGAAUAAAUUUGUGUUUCAUUGAAAAGUUAAUGAUUUAUAAAUGUGCAUAAUGAACAUAUAAGUAUUCAUUUUGCAUUUUCAACUAGAGCCAAUUCAAAACUGAACAAAUAGUAAUGCACAUGAUUCUGUUUUACCUGUACCCGGAUGGUGUAUGGAUUACGAGUAAGUAUUUUCCGUUUAAACUUUGUAAUGCAGAUAGGCAUGUAGUAUAUUUUUUAUUGACUAUUUUUGUUUAUUAGAAAAUGUCUUAUAAUAUGGUCAUAUUAACUCUGUAAAUCAUGACUUAAGUAUGUUAAAAUAUUUUCCAUCUGUCCCUUAUUUAUUAUUUGUAGAGUCAAGAUUUGUAAAACGAUGUUUACCAAUAUGAAUGUCAUGAAAAUUGCAGUUUUUCCAAGUAAAAGUAUCAAUUAUUCAGUGUUUUAAGGAACAAAAUUGCAUUGAGCUGUAUGGAUUGGCAUGGCUAUUAAUUUGUAUUUAAAUGUUUUGCAAAUUUGCAAAGAGAAGUUUUCGAGAACAUAAGUUCCUAGUCACUUUGUUUUAAAAGUGAUUGGUAUGUUCAUAUAGUUUAUUUACUGUGUUUUUUGUAUCCUGAAGGACAGUAGUAACAUUUUGUAAAUAAUUGUUGUAGUUUGUGUUGUACUUCAUAUUUCAUAACUCUACUUCAAUGCAAGUAUGGGACAUAAUCUUCUCGAUAUACAUUUUCUUAUGUACCAACUGCCAAGCAUGUAGUCGUAUUUGAAAAUACUGUACUAAAUUAAAUCUAUAAUGUAAUUGUGACAUUAAAGUCUAUUUGGAUAAAAGAGUACAAACAAUUUUUAAUGUUAAGUGUAAUGUAUUAAAAGAGCUAAUGUGUUCGGUGACAAAUGUAAAGGUUUGCUAAGUUAAGAGUAAUUAUUAUUACUUUAGGAGUUGGCGUACUUUUAUUAAUGCUUGUUAUGAUGUAAUAUUAACUCUAGAAAAUUGAAUUUAACUGUACUGUGUUUGCCAUUGCCAUAUUUUUUGGAGCAGGUAUUCAUGAAGGAGUUCAGCAAUUUCUGAUUCUGUAACUGUGUCGUUCUCUUUCUUGAAAAGUAAGCUUAGCAAUCUAAUUAAUAACAUUUUUCUUCAAACUAUUUUUCUGGUAUUUAAAAUUUUGUGUUUUUUAUUAGUUAAAGCAAAGCUAUUUUGUAAGUAAAAGAAAGUUACAUAACUAUAAUUAUUUAUUGUAUUCUAAUAAAUUAAAAUAUUUUAUUUAUGUAAAUGUUGAUUACUUUUUUUAAUCUAAUAUCAUAAUUCAAGUUUUUUUUUCUAAAGUGACUCUGUUCCAAUGCAUUGUAUUGCUUAGUUGUUAUUCAGAAUGUUCAAACUUUUAUUUUUAAAUUCCCAAAUAAAACUAACAUGUCUUAAACAAAGCAUUUAACUUUGCUGCCAUUCAGCAUAUUUUGAAUUAUAGUGUUAUAGUUCAUAGUUUUAAUAUUCCUAAUAUGUUUGUACAUAGUUGUAUGUUCUGUAAGUCUAAAUGAAAAAAGUAUAUAUUGUAAGUAAAAUGUUACAAGCGUGAUUUAGUGUCAACAUAGAUCACCGUACACCAUAACACAUUAGAAAAAAAUUGUUUAACCAUAUACCAUAUGCAGCUAUUCUUUACAAGACAUGAUUGUGAGGAUGUGUUAUGAACCAACACAAGAUAAGUUCCAUUGCUUAAAACAGCAUGACUAAAUUCAGAAAGUGCUAAAGAAUUAUCCCCCCCACCUUUUCCACUUCUCCCUCUUCCUCCACUGAUCACAAUUGGACCUGGGUUUGCUUCUGUGUUAAGGCUUGGCUCCACCCCUAAUAUUGUGUUGUUUCAUUUUCAUGACAUUAGUUUUGUUAAAAGUACAAUUUUCACUGAUUUUUUUUUUAUAUUGUAUAUUACAUAUGUAUUUUUUGUGGCCAGACAUGCUGCAUGCUAUUAGCUAGUACCUUUUGACAGUUUUAUUACAGUUUUGUACAUGUUCUGAAAGGAACACAACAAAAUCAAUAUACCCAACAUCCUUUAUUAUUUCACGGGAGAAACUAUUUGUAGCAGUUCGGCACUAUUAAUAACAAGUCAUUCCAUUAAUCAUGUGAUGUGGUCAUACGGAGCCAAGAUUUUUUUAUUUUAGAUGACAAAAACUGAUUAAACCAUAAUGGUGUCUUUCAGUUGCAUUUCCUUAGCAGUAAAACUUAAAUAUUAUCACAUGCUCUUGAUGAAAUACAAGAAGAAAAUGUAUUUCCAUUAUUCUCAUUCCAAUUUUUCAUUUACAAAAUAAAAUUUUUUAGGUACAUUUUAAAACAUUUCUAUUACAUUAUAAAGUUUCUUGUGCUCUUUGAAUAUAUCUGGCAACAGAGCACACCAAAACAAGAACAGUGCUAGGAGCAGUGAUGAUUUCACGGUGGUUGACCACUGCCGUCCUCUUUGCUGGAUCAGUCCUGAACCAAGGAAGGAAGUCUUUCCCUAGGCAAAAAAAAAUAACCCACACCGCUGGGAAUCGAACCCGGGACUACUGACUCACCAGCCAAAAGUUUCCACUACCGAGUAUACAGGUUGGACUAGCUUCUAAUUUUGUUUUCAAAAUUUUUUUUUUUUUUUUGUAAAAAUAUUACAAAAAAAAUAUAUGUAUAACACAGUGGAUAAAGUAGUUAACACAAAAAACUCAAAUUGCCCAUUUAGCGUUUGGUUUGGACUUUUUAAAUUCUGACGUCGACCUUCAUAAUUUUCUAGCCCAGAGCCAUAAUGCAAAUGUUCUGCGGAUUAUGUUAAAAGCUGAACAAAAACUAAAAAUCUUCUACAUGUGUAUACCAUCCAGUGAACUUGUACCUAUUUGUUAAUGUUGCAUGGGGUUAUACGAGAAAUAAUAGUACCGUCUAGCAUUACGAACAAGAUCUGAGAAAAUGAAAUGCGUAACUGUAUGUUUACUUAAUAAAAAUUUGUUUCAAGCUGAA